AUGACACAAAACGAGCGCAAGCGCAUUUUCCUCAAUGCCUUUGACAUGUUCACCGUCGGCCACAUGUCCUUUGGACAAUGGCGCAACCCUAAAGACCGCUCAGCAACCAAGCGCCGCGAUCUCUCCUACUGGACCGACGUGGCAAAGAUCCUUGAGCGCGGGGACUUUAACGCAAUCUUCCUUGCAGAUACUAAUGGCUGGUGCGAUGUCUAUAAAGGCAGCGCGGAGCCAUGCGUGCGCAAUGCCAUCCAGUACCCCAUGGGCGACCCGGCUGUUCCCUUGACGGCCAUGGCGGCAGUAACGAAGAAUCUAGGCUUCGCUAUCACGGCAUCAACGUCAUUUGAGAAGCCUUAUGUUUUGGCGAAGCGGUUUUCGACUCUGGAUCAUCUUACGGGUGGCAGGUUUGGGUGGAAUGUCGUUACCUCGUGGAAGGCGUCGGGGUUUGAGGCGAUUGGGAUUGACCCCGUUCCGCAUGAUAAACGAUAUGAGAUUGCAGAUGAGUAUCUGCGAGUGCUGUAUAAGCUCUGGGAAGGAUCGUGGGCCGACGAUGCUCUGGUAGAGAAUCGAGAAAAUGGUAUAUACGCAGACUUCGACCGAGUACGCGUCAUCCAGCAUGAGGGUGAGCACUUCAAGCUCCGUGCUCCGCAUAUACUAGAUCCCAGCCCACAGCGCACUCCGUUCAUCUUCCAGGCGGGAUCAUCACCAGCAGGCCUCCAUUUCGGAGCUACGCAUGCAGAGGGAAUCUUUGUCGUCGGCUUAACUCCAGAAACAAUCGCACCCCGUGUCAAGAGGAUACGGGAUAAAGUGGCCGAAGUAGGCCGCGACCCGAACUCGGUAAAGGUGUUUGCUUCUCUGACUCCAAUCUUGGGUCGAACAACUGAGGAAGCACAGGAAAAGUACCGUGAAGCCCUACAGUACGCGAGUGAAGAGGGUGGUCUGGUCUACUGGUGUGCCAACACUGGUAUUGACUUAUCAAAGCUGGAUCUGGAUGCCGAGGUCACUCCUCAGAUGGGCGAUCAGGCUGAGAAUGUUCAGCUCCAGUCGCUGCUUCAGAAUCUCGCUUACCCUGGUGAGGGUGCGCCUGUGUGGACCCCGAGAAGUAUUGGUAAAGCAGUUGCCCUGGGGGCCUCAGGGCCCACACCUGUAGGAACAGCGGAGGAGGUCGCGGAUGAGAUGGAGAGGUGGAUGAGGGUUGCCGAUAUCGACGGGUUUAAUAUCGGGCAUAUCACUGUGCCAGGGACGUGGGAAGAUGUGGUGGACUUACUUGUGCCUGUUCUUAGAGAAAGAGGGCUGUAUGCGCCGAAAGGGGAAUCAGGAACCAUGCGAGAGCGGAUCUAUGGCAGUGGAAGGUCAAGAUUGCCCGCUGAACAUGUUGGAUCACGAUAUAAGUAUGAAAAUUAUCAGGACAAUGAUACUCAGGCUUAA